AUGAAGGCGCUGCGGCGGCUGAGCCGGCACCGCACCGCGCUGGGGCUCGGCGGCCUCUCCCUCUGCGCCGCCGUCCUGCUCUACCUCGCCAAGUGCACCUCCGAGGGGCUGCGCCCGCUGCCCGCGCCCCCCGCGCUCCCGCACAGCCAGCCCGGCCGCGGGGCCCGCGCCGCGCCCCCGCCCGCCGCUGAAGGCAGCGCCUUGCUGGCCGUGGUGGUGAUGAGCGGCCCCAAGUACAGCGAGCGGCGCAGCAUCAUCCGCAGCACCUGGAUGGCGGCGGCUCGGCAGGCGCCUCACGGCCGCGUCUGGAGCCGUUUCGUGGUGGGCACGGCGGGGCUGAGCGCCGAGGAGCUGCGGAGCCUGGAGCUGGAGCAGAGCCGGCACCGCGACCUGCUGCUGCUGCCGGAGCUGCGCGAUUCCUACGAGAACCUCACGGCCAAGGUGCUGGCUACCUACGUGUGGCUGGAUGCGCACCUGGACUUCCAGUUCGCCCUCAAGGCUGACGACGACACCUUCGUGCGCUUGGAUGUGCUGGUGGAGGAGCUGAGGGCCAAGGAGCCGCGGCGCCUUUACUGGGGCUUCUUCUCGGGCCGCGGGCGGGUGAAAUCCGGGGGGAAAUGGAAGGAGAGCGCCUGGCUGCUGUGUGAUUAUUACCUGCCCUACGCGCUGGGCGGCGGCUACGUGAUCUCCGCCGACCUGGUGCGCUACCUGCGCCUCAGCAGGGACUACCUGAACCUGUGGCAGAGCGAGGACGUGUCCCUGGGGGUGUGGCUGGCGCCCAUCGACGUGAAGAGAGUGCACGACCCCCGCUUCGACACCGAGUACAAAUCGCGCGGCUGCAACAACAAAUACAUCGUGACACACAAGCAGAGCAUCGAGGACAUGCUGGAGAAGCACCAGACGCUGGCGAAGGAAGGGAAGCUCUGUAAGGAGGAGGUUAAACUGCGCCUUUCCUACAUGUACGACUGGGGAGUGCCUCCCUCGCAGUGCUGCCAGAGGAAGGAUGGCAUCCCCUGAAAGGCUCGGGAAGAAGCCGCAGGAUGAUGGACUCUGCUCCGGAGAAUCCCGUUCAAACGGAAUUCUCGCCUCGGUUUCUCCCUCGGAACAUUGGGCACAAAGGGUUUGGGAUGCAGGCAUGGCUGCGUUUAGGGAAUUGCGGUUAAUUGGAGUCAGGACCUCUGGAAUUUCCCACUCCGUAUCCAAGGACAGACUUCCCAAAUCCCAGCCUGGUGCUGUGGAUCCAGAAUUCCAGCAGAACUGAGAGGGAAGAGAUGAUAAAAUGGAAAUUUUUGCCUCAGUUUCUCCCUCAGAAUAUUGGGAA